AUGAGCACACGAGCUCCGAUUGCGAAAUUUGUUGCCUUGGCAUGUUCGCACCCCGAUCCGCCAUACGCUCGCAACUCCGUCUCCAGAGUGGAGCUGAAGACAUCACAAGCGAUCCUACAGAGGGUUGCCAUCGGACCUGUGACUGCAUGCUGCAUUUCUUUUGCCACAGAUGUGCUCUUUGCCAGGAAGCUAGGGAGAUCAGGAGAUGUUUCCCUCCCGUGUCGGGGUCUGCGGCUGCUGAUAGGGUGGCUGUCGUUGCUCCCAAGGUACAAGCCAUGA